ACAUGAUGUGGCCACGUGAAGCCCCAACUGGAUGAAAUUUUUUUAAAAAAGACAUUUGGGAAACCUCCCCAGGGAAAAAAGCUUUCAGUAAAAUUAUCCCAUUUCACAUUUAAACGUGACCCCUCUCCCAUCUACUCAUUUUGCUCGUUACUAUCACACUUUCCAACUAUUUCUCCUAUUCCUCACCUUUUCGAAUCUAAAAUGACGCAAAUCUUGUCAAAAUGCACGGAGCUUCCAGACAUCUCAAGACCACGAUGGGAUCAGAACACUUUUCAAGGAAGAGUCAAUUACUUCUUCUCAACUGCAAAUUGCUUGAACCUUUUCGUCAGCAAUGCAAAGUUGGAAAAGGCUCGCAACAUUGUUCUGGAGUACAAGCAGGGAAAAUAUGAUCCGAAUAUGACUGUGGAUGAGUUGUGGAAGGCAAAGACACUCUACGACUCGGCAUUCCAUCCCGACACCGGAGAGAAGAUGUUCAUUUUGGGCAGAAUGAGUGCUCAAGUGCCGUGUAAUAUGCUUAUUACCGGAGGAAUGCUCACUUUUUAUCAGAAACUUCCCCAUGUGAUCUUCUUCCAUUGGGUCAAUCAAUCAUUCAACGCCAUCGUCAACUACACAAACCGGAGCGGAACCCACAAACAGGAUGAUAGAACCUUGAUUCUUUCGUAUUGCGGUGCCACUACUGGAGCUCUUUCUUGUGCUCUUUCAUUCAAUUAUAUGCUCAAAAAGUGGAAAAAUGCUCCGCCGAUUCUUGCUCGUCUCGUUCCAUUUGCUGCUAUUGCAUUCGCCAAUGCAAUUAAUAUUCCUAUGAUGAGAAACAAAGAAUUUACAAAUGGAAUUCCAGUUGAAGAUGGUGAAGGUAGAACAAUGGGAUUUUCAACAGUUGCACCUGGUCAUGCUAUUCCACAAGUUGUGCUCAGUCGUGUUGGAAUGGCGGUUCCAAAUAUGGUUCUAGGACCAGUGAUCUUGGAGCAACUUUCCAAAACUGCAUGGUAUACACCUGGAAUGGCUGCACCUCUUCAAACAUUGCUCUGUGGAUUCAUGUUGGCUUUUUCCACACCAAUUUGUUGUGCUCUUUUCCCACAGAAAAGCUCAAUUCAAGUUGAUAAGCUGGAGCUUUCACUUCAAGAUCAUAUCAACAAGUUGGCAAAUCCCCCGAAAGUGGUGUACUACAACAAAGGACUCUGAACUCAAUUAGAUAAUAGAUUUAUUGUACAUUAUUAUGGUAUCUUAUGAUCAUCACAUGAAUAAGGCCACUUAUCAAUAUUUGCGUCCGAAUAAAUACUACCGGCAUUAUG